GGCUGCAUGUACCAAGUAGUUCAGACGAUUGGCUCGGAUGGAAAAAAUCUUCUACAGUUACAUCCAAUUCCUAAAUCUUCUGGAAGUCUUAUGCCACUAGUUCAAUCUCCAGUCAUAUCUGAUGCUUUGAAAGGGAAUACAGGAAGUCCAGUUCAUGUUACUUUUCAGACUCAGAUUUCCAGCUCUUCCACAAGUGCAUCAGUUCAAUUGCCUGUUUUUCAGCCAGCGAGUUCUACAAACUAUUUUCUUACAAGAACAGUUGAUACAUCAGAAAAAGUUAGAGUUACUUCUGUGGGAACUGAAAAUUUUACCUCAUCAGUGUCUAAACUUCAGAAUCAUAAUGUCAAAAUUGAUAGACUCGGAAUGCAAACAUUUGUUGUUCCUCCCUCUAAACCACAAAAUGAUUCAUCUUACAUUUUAGUAAAUACUCAGAGUCUUCCAAUGACUGUGAAGCCUCCAGUUUUGCCUUCUGGGCAUCAUUUACAGAUUCCAGCCCAUGCUGAAGUGAAAUCUGUACCUGCGACAUCAUUGCCUACUUCAGUUCAGCAGAAGAUCCUUGCAGCUACAGCCACAAGGACCUCAGGAACAGUUGAGGCCUCCCAAAUACCAACUGUUAUAUAUGUAUCGCCUGUAAAAACAGUGAAAAACACAGUUACCACGAACUUUCAAAACAUUUAUCCAAAACCUAUUACAGAAAUAACAAAUCCAGUGAUACUAAAUACCUCAAAAAUUCCAAUGAACAGUGCUACAGAGACACAAGUAGUAACUGGUCAGCAUUCUCAGAUUGCUCCAGUGAAAUGGAUUUUACAAGAAACUCACCAGCCUUGUAGUCCAUCGCUUGUUCCUGUUAAGUCUUCAAAUAAUGUGGCUUCAAAGAUUUUAAAAACAUUUGUAGAUAAGAAACAUUUGGGAAAGAACCCUGUAAAUCUGCCAACAUUGAGUACCUACAGUCCUAGUGGGACACAAUCCAAAAGUAUACCCAUAAAAGAUAAUGCUUUGGUUAUGUUUAAUGGGAAAGUCUAUUUUUUGGCUAAAAAAGGGUCAGAUGUUCUCUCAUCACAGAUUGACCAACAGAAUUCACUUUCUCCUGAUAAUCCACCAAGACAAGACAUACCACAGAUAGUGAGUUCAAGUGCAGUUACAGACAUAUCCAGAGAGGUUGUAAAUAUUGUCUUGGCAAAAAGCAAGUCUUCCCAGAUGGAGAAAAAAUCACCUUCAAGUAUCCAGGUUGCAGAGAAGAAUAAAAAGUUGGAACAACCAUCUCUUUGUAUCCUAAGCGCACAUAAUAUCAACAAAUCUAUUAACUGCCUAAAACCAAGUAAGACCUUAUUCUUAAAGCCAAUGUUUCCAGGUGGAUUUAGUACAGUACAGAAUAACCCCAGAAAAGGAAAUAUCAUCCAGAGCAUAGAGAAAAUAACUUCCUCUAUUGAUGCAACAGCUGUUACUUCACAACAGGGUGUUAUCAGAGACCAAGAACCAAAGAUCCAGAAUGCAAUGGCAUCUACAUUACAGAAAGACACUCAAGAAAGAAAUGAUAAGAAAGAUACUCUUGAAAAGAGUAAUAAGGCAUCGUGUCUGAAGAAUGAUGCUGAAUUUAAAAAGCUAUUUGGCCUCACUAAAGAUUUGAGAGUGUACCUUACUCGAAUUCCUGACCAUGUAAGCUCAGAAGAAGGUUUUAAAGCCAUUAGUGGCUUAAUGAAGAGUGAUAGUUACAAAAAGACAGAAUUUAUGGCGAAGGAGGAAGAGAAAAAACAGGGUUUUGAUAAAAAAAGAAAAGUAACAACUCCCAAGAAAAUGGAUCAUACAAAGAAAAGAAAAACUGAGAGUAUUUGUAACGCAUCUGAAAAUGGGGAAACUAAUGUCACAAAUUCCCAACCACUUAGCAGUGUUUUAUCAACUUCAGGGGUAUCACAGCAUAACAGUUUAACAAGCCACAGCAAGACCAUAGAAGAAAAGAGAACUGAGGUAGAACACUCUAUUCAUGAUAACCAGGAGGAAGGUACAUUGAGUUCAAAUGCAAAUUUUGAAGAAAAUCAUUGCUUUAAUAAAAAUUCUUAUACUGAAGAUCUCCCCAUGACACCACCAGAGUUAGAAGAAACCUUUCGAGAUGAAAAAAUACGAAGACUUAAGCAGUUACUGAGAGAGAAAGAAGCAGCUCUUGAAGAAAUGCGUAAGAAGAUGCACCAAAAAUAA